AUGGAAGCACUUUCUUCAAAGUUCCUUCUCAUAUUUUUUUCCUUUAGUUUCAUGAUACACUCUAUCCAAGCAACAGAAACUAACACCUUAUUCAUUAGAAACUCUUGCAGUUCCACAACUUAUCCAAGAUUAUGUUAUGCAUCCUUAGUGAAGCACGCAGAUUCCAUUCAAACAAAUCGCAUGCUUUUAACAAGCACGGCUCUAAACGUGACUCUUGCAUCCGCGAAAUCAACCUCGGCUUUCAUGUCAACGCUCUCUAGAAGCCGCGGUGUGAAGCCAGGAGAGGUUGCAGCUAUGAAGGAUUGUGUCGAAGUGUUGAGUGACUCGGUGGAUGAACUCCGGAGGUCUAUUGGUGAGAUGAGUCGUCUUAGGACUUCAAAUUUUGAGCUAACAAUAAGUGAUGUACAAACUUGGGUUAGUGCUGCUUUGACGGAUGAGAGCACUUGUACCGACGGAUUUCAAGAGAUUAAUGCACAGGACAAUAUUCAGACACUAGUGAGAGGGAAAAUUGUGCAAGUGGCUCAAUUGACUAGCAAUGCUUUGGCUUUGAUAAAUAAACUUGCCACUUCGCAUGGUUAA